AGGUUAAAAUGGUUGACGUUGACACUUAGUCGCAGUGUUGUUAUUUUUUAUGAAAAAUUAAAUACUGGUGUUGUUGUUUUUGCUAAAUCUGUUUCUAUAAACUAUUCUUUCGAAAGUCGCAAACAUGUCACGAAAGAAAGAUAUUUCUAGAGAAGAAAUUGCCAAACAGUUUCUGCUACCAGAGAGACAAUCAAAGAUCGAUACGCUUUUAAAACAGGAUGGUCAAGCUUAUUGCAUUUGUAGGUCUUCAGAUUCUUCUCGAUUCAUGAUAGCCUGUGACGCUUGUGAAGAAUGGUAUCAUGGAGACUGUAUGAAAAUCUCCGAAAAGGAAGCAAAGUUAAUCAAACAGUAUUUUUGUAUUCGCUGUAAAGAAGAAGAUCCCUCAUUGAUUACUCGUUGGAAAACUAAGAGAGAACGAGAUGAAUCAGCACCAACUCAAAUUAAUGCUGAAGACCGUAAGUCGAGGAAAAGAAAAGAUCGCGGCGAAAAUAAAACAGAUAAAAAGAUGAAAAAAUGUGGAGAAUGCAUGGGAUGUUAUAGAACUGAGGACUGCGGCAGAUGUGAUGUAUGUUCAAGAAAAAACAAACAUGGUUCUUCUAGGAAUAAAGAACGUUGUAAACAAAGAGUGUGUGUUAAUUCAGGAGCAGGAAUAAGGCGAAAAAGGAGAGACUCCAGUUCAGAUAGAGAACAAUCCUUCAAUGAGCACUUGAAAACUGAGUACCCAAGGCAAUGUUAUGGACCGAAGUGUGUAAAUAGUGCUCGUUAUGGCUCAAAAUAUUGUUCAGAUCAAUGUGGUCGGAACUUAGCAAAAACUAGGAUUUUGCAAAUUCUACCCCAACGCCUGCAAGAGUGGGCAUUGAGUCCAUCAGCUGCUGAAGAAAUGAACAUUAAAGUUUUGGAUCAGGUAAGAAAGCAGCAAGUAGAAGUACACCAUAUUCUUCAAGAACUAGAUAAACGUCAUAGAGAAUUAGAUUUCAUUUUGGAAAGAGCUAAAAAUGCUACAAUAGACCCUAAUCAAGAUAAUGAAAAUGACGAUGACUCUGAGAUUUCCACAUUUUGUGUAACUUGUGGACAUGAAAUACAUUCCCGUACAGCAAUAAAACACAUGGAAAAGUGUUUCAACAAAUACGAAUCUCAAGCUUCAUUUGGAUCGGUAUUCAAAACUAGAAUUGAAGGAAAUAAUAUGUUUUGUGACUUCUACAACCCUGUAAGUAGAACUUACUGCAAGAGAUUGAGAGUUCUAUGUCCAGAGCAUUGUAAAGAUCCAAAGAUUGGCGACUUCGAAGUUUGUGGAUGUCCUUUGGUAAUAAAUGUCUUUUCUCCUACCGGUGAAUUCUGUAGAGCACCUAAAAAGUCUUGUACUAAACAUUAUGUUUGGGAAAAGCUUCGUAGAGCUGAGGUUGAUUUGGAAAGAGUUCGUCAGUGGUUGAAAAUGGACGAGUUAUUGGAGAAAGAACGGCAGAUAAGGACCAGCAUGGCAAAUCGAGCAGGUGUUUUAGCGCUGAUGCUUCAUAGAACCUACAAUCAUGAAUUGAUGGAACGAAUUACUAAGGCACAAGGCCAGCAGAGUAUUCACGAAAUGUCUGAAAGUAUGAAUCCUAGGUAUUCAUGAGAUAGAUCAAUAAAACAAUAAUUGGACAGUCUUCAAUAUCUUUUACUUAAUUGAUUUGUGUUCUGGUUUAGUCCUUGUGGUAUCAAACAAAACUUGAAUUAUCAAUAUUAGAAAAAUUAAAACCAAAUUAG